CUCAGUCAUGGGGGUGGACUGGAGAGCGUGGUGCGUCGCCUUGCUGCUCGCCUGUCUCUGGGCUCUCGGGACAGGAAUGCGUGAGCAUCGCCCAGAGAAAGCAGGAGGCCAUGAAGACCGCCGUGGACUGCACUCGCAAGAUAAAGAAGUUGAUAAAACCGACAAGGAUUGCGUGAGCAUGGCCCAGAGGAAGCAAGAGAUCAUGAAGACCGUCAUGGACUGCACUCGCAAGACGAAGAAGAUGAUAAAACCAAAGGAUAUGAAGGACAUCCAGGCGCAGAAUUGUCCAAGGAGUCCGGACGCGAAGUGUCUAAUUGGCUGCGCACUCGAGAGUAUGCAACUGAUCAAGAACCACAAGAUAGACCAGUCUUCUAUGGAGGUCUUCAUAAUGAAGACGUGCGGCAUCAAAGAGAAGGAGAAGCUCAUUGAAACUAUGAAAGUAUGCAGCGACAAGGUGGGCAAGCAGAAGGAGUGCUUAAUCGGUGGCAAAGCCUGCGACUGCAUGAAGAAAUCCGGUGUUAUGGAUAUUAUGAUGCAAAAUAAACGCCCGAAAUAAGGCUUUCGAUCUCUUCACCUCUCAAGCAACUUAAUGGUUAUCUUGUUUUUAUUGUAGUAGGAUUCAUGCUAGUUCUCAGAAUAAAACUACCUGAUGAAUUAGUGA